ACGGGCUGCUCCUUCUCGAUGGCCGCAAGGACGAUACUACUCCUCGACGGCUGCAACGACGGGCAAGAUGGCGACGGGCGGAACAGCGGCGCAGCAGGAUGGCGACGGCGACGGCAGGACAGUGCAAAUAGCAGAUGGCCGGCGGCACUUUCCUCUGCGACUGCGUUUCAAACCAAGCAACAAGGGUAUUGGAUUCUUCAUAACAAAACGCCUUGCAAACGAGGGGAUUACGACUAUCUUGGCAGCAAGGAACGAAAAAAAUGGCCUUGAAGCAGUGGAGAAGCUGCAUGCGGAGGGGCUCAAUAAUGUCGAGUUUCACUGUUGUGAUCUGCUCAACCAUGAAACGAUUGAUGAUCUUGCAAGGUGGUUGAAGGAGAAGUACGGAGGGAUCGACAUUUUGGUGAACAAUGCGGGAUUUGCAUACCAUGGUAAUGUUUUUGGACCUGAGGAGGCCAAAGUGACCAUCGACACCAAUUACCAUGGUACAAAGGCAGUUACUGAGCGACUGCUCCCUCUUCUCCGCCCAAGCUCAAAAGGAAUGCCUCAGAUCGCAAAGAUAAUGCAGAGUGCUGGAAAAGAGAUGCCCCUACCGGACCAUGAAUCUGGUCAGGAUAGUGGGCAGAUUAGUGGCCUGAUUAAGCCUAUAAGAAAGGGAGUGCAUUCUGAGGAAGGAUGGCCGAACAGCAUGUAUGGCGUCUCCAAGAUCGUGGAAUUAGCGUAUACGCGAAUAUUGGCGAAGGAACUAGCGUCACGACCGGAGGGGCAGAAAGUGAUUGUGACAGUUUGUUGUCCGGGCUAUUGCGCGACAGAUAUGUCAUCUUGGAAAGGAUAUAAGUCUGCAGAUGAUGGAGCGGAUACCCCAGUGUGGCUGGCGUUGACCCCUCCAAGUGAUGCUCAUGGAGAAUUCUAUUAUGAGAGACGGAAAAGAAGCUACUGAUCUGCGGGGCGCAAUUACGUGAAUUUCGUUCACGUUUCCGGAAAUGGGGGUUAUGCAUGUGCACCUGUCUCCCAUGUGAACCAAUGGUCCAAUGACAAUCAAAGAUUGUGAGGAUGCCCCUCGUUGAAGUCGACAAACAGGACCAUGACAGGGAAAAGAAAAGCUUGGUCACAUUUCCUGCCAGGAAACGGGAAAGAUAUUACUUCUGAACAACGAGACCAUGGGGGACUUUGUAAGGCAAUGUGAUCUGCUGUUAUGGGUUUGAUUCUGUUGAUUUCCCCUGCCUCUCUCUUCCUCCGGUCAUCCGUUGUCCUUCACCUCCCUCAACUACUACUAUUCUCCUUUCUCGGCUCAAAGACAGUACUUCUGCCGUAUCUCCUCCUUCCUUCUUCUUCUUCUUCUUCUUCUUCUUCUUCUCCUCGUUGGGUAGUUAAAAUUCUUUUUCUUCUUGUUCUUCUUCUCGUUGCUGGGUAGUUAAAGUUCUUUUUCUUCUUCUUCUUCUUCUUCUCGUUGUUGAGUAGUUAAAAUUCUUUUUCUUCUUCUUCUUCUUCUCGUUGUUGGGUAGUUCUUUUUCUUCUUCUUCUUCUCGUUGUUGUGUAGUUAAGUUCUUUUUCUUCUUCUUCUUUUAAAAAUACAAAAUAAAAAUAGGGAAAAAAAAAAAGAGCGAGCUGCUCAGCUAGGAGAGGUGAAAAGAUCUUCUACUUCUGUCGUAUGAGUCUUCUCCUGUCUUAGCAAUGGCUGAAGUGAAACUGAGCGCGCUGCUCUGCCUGUCUUUUUCCUCAAAUCUCCUUCCCCUUCCUCUUCCUCUCAAAAUUUUCUUUCCUCGGCAGGAGGCUUUCACAAGUCUCAAAAAAAUUGCGAGGGACCUUAAUCGAGACCUUCGCAUCAGGCAUUUCGGGAGGCGUAUGUUGCCACAAGUGGCACAAAAAAAUUAAUGUACAGAAGACCUUCCUGGUUGAGGAUUAUGCUGUGCCUUCAAAUUGCCACUCUCUUUCCAUCCAUUCAUCUUUAUCUCCCUGAAUGUGUUGUGUGUCUGUGCAGCGGGCCUCCAUCUGCCCUGGCCUACAGCCGGGGCCUAUUCGGCUAUUUGCCAGUUUGGCCUGUGGGACCAGGCCGUGGCCUGACCCCACAGGCGGUGUACUAUUCCAGUUCCGUCCACUCCUGCCCGAUACCACUGUCGGUACCAGGCCAGUCCAGUCCAGUCAGUCCGCUGGGGGUAUACCCCAGCUGUUGUCUGUUUUUAUCAUUCUUCACUUUUGCACAUCUUGGAGUACGUGCGUGUUGACUCUGUGUCGGAGCUACGCUGUCCCUUCCAGCUCCAUCUCUACCUCCUCCUUCGUCAACCCUUCUUCUCCAUCCUGACGGACCGUCAUCCCGGCGGGCCCGGCACAGUCUGGCCUCGCUGAAUCAGAGACUCAGCAUGCAUAACAGUUUAGGUGGCCUGUGCGGUGGAACCAGCCCACGACCCCUCUUGGAUUGAAUAGCAGCCAAGACCCCAGCAAUGGAAUCAG